GUCCAGCUUCACCCCCCUCCCCCGGCCGGCACGUGACGUUUUGGGAGGGAAGCGUUUUGGGCUUUAAGGGGAUCAACUGCGUGAGGCGUACCAGUGCCUUUCGGACUCCCGUGAGGAGCAUACCGAGGAUACCGCGUUGGCCGGACACCGGAGACGGCGACAGGACAAUCGGAGCAGUGCUGAGCGCAGCAGGCCCGGCAACGUACCGCCUUGCUGGAUGUGCUUCAUCCACCCGGCCGCGACCUUCUCUGUCCACUGCACUGCAAGUUGUCCAGCGACCGGCGGCCUGCAAGAGCUGGAAGAGCUACAAGAGCACGGAGCAGAAGCUAGGGAGACGCCAGGGGAGACGCCACGCGGCAGUCCACUUCUGUCCCGAGUCUCGCCGGUUACGACGACUACAAUGGCGUGCUUCAGCUACGUCGCGCUGCUGGUCACUCUAUGCUGUUCUGGGGCCAGCGCUUUCCACAGAAGGCCCAGAGGUUUCCACUCGCGGAGCGUCCCCGACGAGCUGUGGUCGUCAACGGAGCAGUUGGUGGCGAUGAGGGGCUACGAGUGCGAGGUGCACACGGUGCGCACCCCCGACGGCUACGAACUCACCCUGCACCGCAUCCCCCGCGCCAAGGCCACCAAGGCCGAGGACGACUACGGACGGCACGGAACGCCGGUCCUGUUCGCACACGGCCUCGCCUCCAACAGCGAAAUGUUUGCCUUGGGCCCUAGCGCUGCCUACUAUCUGGUGGACGCGGGCUUCGACGUUUGGCUCGUCAACUACAGGGGCAGCUUCUACGGGCAGAAACAUGUCAGUCUCAAGCCACAGUCACGAGCGUUCUGGGACUUCAGUUGGAACGAGAAUGGGCUGAUCGACCAACCAACCUUCAUAGACUACAUCCUGAAAACCACUGGCAGGCCCAAACUCUUCACGGUCGGACACUCCAUGGGGGCCACGACACAGGUGGUGAUGAUGUCCGAGAUGCCCGAGUACGCCAAAGAGAAGGUCAUCUCCAGUGUUCUACUUGCGCCUGGAAUUUACUUCAGGAAGCCAGGUGGUCUAAUGCGAGUGCUAGACCUCAUUUACGGGGCCUAUCCACAACUGAAGAAUUCCCACACCAGCCUCGUUCUCAAUGGUAAAAUGCCGCUCGGUGACCAGGAUCUCUUGCCAGUGUGCUUUGCGGGCGACCAGUUGAGAGAACUCUGCCGAGGACCCAUGACGAUGAUGAUGGGGCCACCCCACACCCCAGAUUACAGGACUUUUCAGAAGUUGAUGGCCCACUACCCCAAUGGCGGCUCCAUCCGCCAGUUCAUGCACUACCUGCAGAGCACCACAAGCGGAGGUUUCCGGAAAUACGACUUCGGCCCGGAAAAGAAUCAGCGACUGUACGGCUCUCUGGAGCCGCCGUCUUACAACCUCAGCGCCAUCGCGACGCCAGUGCACGUGUUCUACGGAACGGGCGACUAUCUCACCACUCCAAAGAAUGUUGUCCGAUUCAUUAAAAGGUGCCCUACAGUUCAGAAGGUUCAUGCAGUGCCCCAUUUCAACCAUGUUGACUUCAUCACGGGAGAUGAUUAUAUAGUAACAGAGCUUGUAAACAAAAAAAUCCUUGAAGUCUUCCAGAGUUACCUAUGAAAUGACCUACCCCUCCUUUGUUCUUUGUUUUAAGUAUUUAAAAAAAAAAUUGGUGGGCGUCCACGUCAGUUCAAUGUGCUGUACACCGCCUUCUAGUCUUCAUUGUAUCUCAUGUAUAAAAUAUAGGUUUAAGUACGGAAUACAUAGUGUGUGUAUGCAGACUGAUUAACAGGGUUGUCACUAAUCUGCCCCAAUAAACCAUGCACUUUAAACGGA